AUGAGAUGUUGGGCAUGCGCCUACGACCUGUUCGAUUUCCAACACAGUGAAUUUUCUGUGUACGAUUAUCAAACUCGAAAACGUCUACUCUAUCGUAUUGAAACAAAGUUUGGCCGGUCACACAAUGCCAGUAUUGUCCAAAUGUCCGCUAGUAAUGAAGAAAAGAAUAAAAUUAUUGUCGGAAAAAUUCGUGGACAACCACAAGUUUUUAACAAGUACAACGGUGAAUUUAAAAUUUUGGACAUAGACAGUGGAAAAUGGAAAGUUGGUACAAUUAAACAGAAGGGUACAUUCUUUUCAUCGUUGAUAUAUGAUAUUAAUUAUGGUGGACUGCGAGUGACGAUGGAAGAGAAAUGGAAUGAUUUGACAAUGAAAUAUAUCGCAAAUAAUCGAACGUACGCAACCUAUCGGCGACAUCUAUUUUUCAACUUAAAUACCUACGAUCUCAAUAUUUAUAACGAUGAAUUACCGGUCACAUUUUAUUUGAUUGGUCUGGCUGUAGUCGAAAGAAAACCUUCGAUGGCAAAAGGACGUUAA